AUGGCGACCAGGAAGCGAAUAAGAGCUAUUAAUCGAGAUGAGGAUGACAGUCAGAUACCUUCCAAACGUAGUAGAGAUACUAGACGGAAGGAACCUCAAAGUGUCCAAGAUACAACUGGCAAGUCUGAGGAAUUGAAUGAUCACGAAGAUGACGAUCAGUCUAUCAUGGAAAAUGGCUCGGAAACCGAGGAUCAACACGACGAAGAAGAACAAGAUGAAUACACUAUCAGAGCUGCCAAAUUCGCAGAUACAAUCAACAAGCUUCUUCAGGAAGACACGGCGGAAGGACCUACUCCUAUACUGGCCAAGAGCAAACGAAUUGAAAAGCAGCUCGAUCGGGAAAAGAGAUUAGAGUCUGAACGCAGAAAAGUUGCUCAUGAGAAACAAGAAAAGAGCAAGGAAGAUACUGUACGAGUUGUCACUGUCGUUACGAACGACUAUGAAAAGAGGUUGAGGAAGAUUGCUACUGGUGGUGUCGUAAAACUGUUCAAUGCUAUACGUGGUGCACAAAAGAGAGUAGAGAAAGUUAAGGCCAAGCCAGAGGGCAAACGAGCUAAUGUUGCAUCAAUCUCGAAAGAAACAUUCUUGUCUGCCUUAGCUACUCCAGAAGCUCCGAAAGCUAAAACUUUAGCUGCUGCAGUAUCGUCUGCGCCCAAUGUCUCCUGGCUGGCAUCAGACGGCAUGAACGAAGACCACUGGGACUUGGAGGCAUGA